UAUUCAAUUAAAACCACCUUUCCAACCAAUAAUCGAGCGAUAAGUCUAAUCUGAGCUUGUAUGCAGAGGUCUUAUCAGCCAUUUUGCUAUUUAUUGUGUUAUUAAUUGUGUACACCGACAGGUGAUCUACAUAUCGUAAGACUGCAAAUUCGUGAAAGAGUGUGUCAACAAAAUGCCACCAAAAAAUGAUCCGGAACUUGUUGCGUUGAGGAAGGAGCUAGAGGAUCUUUACAAUAAUCUGAAGGAAGAACAGAAGAAGGUAGCAGACACAGCCCUCGAGAAAGAAUGUGAAAGUCUAUCCGAUGUGCCAAAAAUCAAAAUCACCACCAAGAAACUGAUGAAAGGUCAUUUGAACAAGGUCAACUCAGUGCACUACAGUGGAGAUAGCCGACAUUGUGUCACAGGUUCCCUAGAUGGAAAACUCAUCAUUUGGGACACUUACACCGGAAACAAGAUGCAGAUCAUACCCUUGCGUUCUGCAUGGGUGAUGAGUGUGGCUUAUGCCUCUUCAGGAAAUUUCGUAGCUUGUGGUGGCAUGGACAAUAUGUGCACAGUUUACGACUUGAACAACAGGGACAGUUCAGGGGUGGCCAAAAUGGUAAGGGAAUUGGCUGGAUACGAUGGCUUCCUGAGCUCUUGCAGGUUUCUGGAUGACAAGCAUCUCAUAACUGGAUCUGGAGACAUGAAACUCUGCAAAUGGGACUUAGAAACUGGAAGAAAAUUAUCUGAUGUUAUAGCCCACAAUGGCGAUGUAGUAUCCAUCAGCUUAGGACCUGAAGGAAGUAAUAUGUUCGUCACUGGUAGCGUGGACAAAACUUGUAGACUUUGGGAUGUAAGAGACCAGAAACAACCAAAGCAAACAUUCUUCGGCCACGAAGCCGAUGUUAACUCAGUUUGUUUCCAUCCUAGCGGUUAUGCCUUCGUGACAGGAUCUGAAGAUAAAUCAGCCAGAAUGUUCGACAUCAGGGCGGAUCAACAAAUUGCACUCUACAAACCACCAACCCCGAAUAGCGCUUUCACCUGUUGUGCUCUUUCAUUGAGCGGAAGAAUCUUGAUGUGCGGAUCUGAUGACCACAAUGUACACAUGUGGGACACUUUGAAGAACCAGCAUAAUGGCACGCUCUCUGGACACGAAAAUCGCAUCACAUCCAUAUCUGUAGCUGCCAAUGGUAUCGCAAUGGCGAGUUGUAGCUGGGAUCAAAUGGUUAGAGUUUGGGGUUAAAAGAAUCAAUAAAGAUAUUAAAUGCAGAUGCCCCUAUUUGAUAAAAAAAGAUAACGACAUUGAGGAUAAUAAUAUUUUAUUGAGUAGGUAAUAAAUAAGUCCUUGGUUCAACUAUUUUAUUCGCUUACAUUAAAAUCGUAAAGUUGAAAUGUAUUUGAGGAAUAUAAUCUUUAUUGCAUGGAAUCACGGACACCAAAUUAAACUAAAAACUGAAAAUAAGAAAAACCAACAAUGUAAUAGUAGUAAUAGUACAUUUAACAUCAAUUUGCAUGUAUUCUAUGGAUCUUGGUUGAGAUCAAUUGAUCUAUUAAUGAUAUUGUUAGAUCAUUGGUUAAGACUAAUGAUCUAUUAAUAUAUGUAUUGUUAGAUCAUUGCUUAAGACCAAUGAUCUAAUCACAGACUACUUAGUUUUUGAUCUAAUUAUGGAGGGUGCAGAUGAGGAGAAUAAUCUUCUCGCUUCAAAAGUGACCGUUGAACUGAACUAAAUUGAUGGCGCUAGUGAAGCUAGAGGACACAGAAAACGUCAUAAAGAACUGGGAUAAAGCAAGAAGUAAACAAGAAUGAAAGUAUCUUCGCCUUGUGGGAUUGGUUACCCUCUAGCUACACUAGCAGUUCGUCAUCUUGGAUUGGUUACUCUCUAGCUACACUAGCGCCUCCUAAAUGCAUUUUCCGCUGGACACUUUAUCAUCACUUCUACCACAGAUUAGUCUGUGCUUCUACCAUAAGUGAUUAUUCUCCUCAUCUCUAAUGAUCUACCCUCCAUAGAUCUAAUAAUACAGUUAUUAGAUCAUUGGUUGAGACAGCAUAUAUAAAGCCAAAAACAUAGAUUAGUCUUCCCCAAGUGACAGCAAUCUUUGGACAAAUUUUAUUCUCCAAUAAUUUUCAUCAAAAUUCAAAAUUUCAGAAAUAUUUUUCAAAUUUACUUGAUAUUUGACUGGUAACAUUUUUCGUUAACGAAUAGAACUGUUGACGUUAUGAAUAUAUUUAAGCAUAAGCAAUAAGUAAUCUUUAAACAUGAUUGUCAGGAUGCUGAAACUGUAUUUUUAUACAAGAUAAUGAACCACGUAAUAUGUAAUUUUACACUGAGUAACAACAUAUUCCGUACUAUUUUCAUCAUUUAUGUAGUGGACUAUUAAAUGAAAAAUAAAUUGUUCAUAUUAA